GAACCUCUCUCCGGCAAUUCAGUGUUCUGUGAGUCACCCUCGCGGCCAGAUGGGUGGCGGUAGCAGUCGUGGUCUCCUUAUACAGGGCGAUCCCUUUUUAACGCAACGCGUUUAACAUGAGUUCAAGAGCCUUAGCCGGUCUUAGCCGUGUUUCUUGGUAUUCAGCGAUGCUAGUAUGAACUGCUUAUGUUGAUUAGUGAAGAUUCAGAGUCUUGACUGAUCUUUCACAGGGUGGUUUUGUUUUAACAGAUUUAUUAACAAAAUUUAUAGUGUAUAUACCUUGAUUGCAGAGUAGAGGCUAUUGCAUCUUUAAUUGCGUAAAGCAAAUUAUUAACAGUAAUAAAUUUUAUUCGGAAUAUGAUAAAAUCUAACUAAAAUUUUCUGUUUACCGAAGGUCAGCCGUGUGAGUGCUUGACGUAUUUAAUUAUCCAUACGGCAGAAAGUUUGAAGUAAGAUGCAAUUAACAUCAGAUUAUUCGAUGUUAAGAUGAGCACCGAAUCGGGUGAAACCAGCAAGGGGCCCAAGAAUUCUGAGAAACACAAUCAAGACUCCCCGUCUGGGGUUUCUUCACAUCGGACCACGAAGAAAGACAAAGAGCGUGUCAUUUAUCCAAGAAAUGCUCGAGUCAUGUCACAAAGGAACCCUGUGAUUGGUGGGACGCCCAUCACUGAGGAACUAGCUGCUGAGCUGCGACAGGUUGUGUUUGGAUGCUCUGUGUCAGCUCCUAAACACGAGUGGCUGCGCACAGGACUGGUAUUCAGAGAUUCCGAUCAAGAACUGGGCUAUGGGCUCAAAUCACCACGUAAUGGCACACGUGGUCUCCUUUCUGUGGUACAGGGUCAUAUCAUCAAACAUCUUCUGUUUGAGAAACGAGGCAAGGACCAACACCCUCGACCAGACAUGAUGCUGAAACCAUCUCGCAUACGGCAAAUAGAAGCACUGUGGACUGCCAUUGCUGACAUCUUGUGGAGAAUUGGUGAGAAGAGUAAAUGUUCUGUGGUUUUACCCCAGGACUUGGUGCAUGUUCCACACAGCCACAAGUAUCUACAAGAUGGCAUCACAGAGAAGUUGAAUAUAUUUGAGUUCACGGACCUAGAGGAUCUCCAGAUCUUCAUUAAGCGACAUAUUUACAUAUUUGAGGAUGAUCCUGGACCGGGGGCACUGCUCGUCCUGUACAGUGCCAUCUUGACACGAGGAACCCACAAGGUGAAGACAGACAUGGAUAAUGAGAAAGCAUUUUUGAUGGCAGGAGCUGAAGAGGGUUCACACUGUAUUGUUACGCUCUUGUUGACUGGACGCGCCACCCCAUAUUUGCAUAAUGGCGUGGUGUAUGUAGGGGAUGAAGACCAUUAUGCAAUGCCACAGUUCGGUAUACUCAGUCGGAGUGAGGUCGGGUUCCUGGUGUGGGAUGAAUGUCCUGAUGGGAAAGUGGAGGAAUCCAGGCAACCAGGAUCAAGACUCAAGACGCCCUCAUUGCCUGUGUGGGUGUCCUUGUGUGCUGGACAUUACGGGGUACUCUUCAACACAAACCGGGAGCUGCUUCGCAAUUACCAUGCAGAACGCAGGUUUGAUCUUCACUAUUAUACAUGUGGAGGCAGUCACAGUCUACUCACUGUAGAUACACGCUACAAUGAAGAUGAGGUGUGUGGCAAGCAGGCUGGGCGAGAGGACUUCAGUACAGCUCCUCCCCUAGAAAAACUCAUACACACAAAGUGGGAGGAUGCACAUGUGCGCUGGACAGGUCAAGCUCCAGUUGCAUGACUUACAGCUGUACUACUUAGCAAUAAACUCCCUUCCUGCAAGUCUAAGCAGUUGUGUUGUGUUCCACUUGCUGCUCCAAGCUAAUCACACAAAAAUAUAAACAAUAGCUCAUCAAUAGAGCAUAUUCAGUGCAUCCAAUUUUUAGCCUACAGAGAAUAGUACUGUUACCGAAGUUAUUUGUUGUCAGAGAAAGCACUAGACAAGACCAGGCUAUAGCAUUAACAUUGGUGUAUACAUUUUUUUGUUACAAAAUAUAUAAGAGAUGACUGGAAAGCAGAAAGUAGUACAGUUCCUCAGAUGAUAGCAGUGAGUGAAGUUUGAAUUUUGAACUGUGCAGUCUUUUUGUGAGUUAAGUUCAAGUUUCAAAUUGCAAAGAUAUGUGCAUAUUCUUCACUUGAGAACACUGUACCAUUGGUGAAUUAACUCAGUGAAGUAAAGUUUUUUUUUUGGGAGGGGGAUAACAAUCAGUCAAGAAAUCCUCUGCCUUUUAUGGAACCUGAAGGUACAUUACCAUGGAUGAGCAGAUUCUCAUGGUAUUUAAUAUUGGUAGUCCUUACUAAAGUUGAACAUUUCAAGCUUAUUUUGGUCUGUUUUUUAUAGUUCAGUUUAUCAAUUAGUGAAAAACAAAUGCUGAAUAAUUAAAAAUAUGUAACAGAUUUUGAUGAAAUUUAAUAUUUGGAGUUGCUAGGAUCAAAGUGAGUUUUCAACAGUACUUGCCAGUUAAGUCAGCCAUUUUACAUGAUGACCACAAUUAAUACUUAAGAACAUUUCAUUUAAUAUUCACCAAAUUCUGAAGCUAAGACUUGAUGAGGUAAGCAUUAUGUGUCACACACAUUUCCUCAGUAUUCAGUGCUGAUUUUAAUAAAAACAGCCCUUUAAGAUUUGCCAUGAAACCCUCUACAGGGAAUUAAAUAUAUAUAAAAAAAAUCUGUUUCAUGUUGUGCCAAACCUCAUCAUGUGCAAUGCAUAUGUCAAUUCCCAUAACUGAAUGUUCACUAAACAAGAUGCACACUGGGAAAGGUUAAGGUCUACAAUUCUGACAGAUAUGCUGCUGAACAGUUGUGCACUGCUGUGAGGUAAAUACAGAGCAACUGCUUCUCCCCUCAGUAAUUCUGGAAUGGAAUCUUUCUUUUCUAUAACUACAACAAAGAGUUUAUGUUUGUUUUCCUAUUUAUAGUCUUGAUAUAUUUUUGUCUGGUAAUUUCUUAUGAUUUUAUUCAGUAGUAUUUUGAUGUGAACAUAAUGUGUGAACUCAACAGGUAAGAAAAUCUGUAGUGUAGAUGUUUUCUUCUGUCUGUGUCAUGAGGUUCCCAUGUCUCACCCCCUGUUAGGAGACUAUGUGAGUCCUAGACAGAAUAAAUUCCACAGGCCUUGCAAGAGCCUUACCAGUUCCUCUGUUCCACUGCCAAGGCUCACAGCUUUUAUUUCUGUAAAUGGGGCUGAAAUAAUCCAUUCCAAUUGAGGUGACCGAGCACAGGAAUUCAUAAUGGGCUUUGUACAAUGUGUGAGUAAUUUUGUGCUAUUAUAUGUGGUAGAGUCAUUAAGUUCGUGGAAUGUGGUCUUAUCGCAUCAUAUUACAAGAUAUUCACAUACGCUUAUGCA